UUUUACGUUGCAUGUGCCAAGUAUUUCAUAUCACUUACUACCUGGGAAAUGGAUGGUAAAAAAUCACAUCAGAAGGGCUGUAGUGAUAUUACCUAUCGUAAAUACAAUUGCCAAAGAUAUACACGAGACAAUCCCGAGUCCUCUCUCGUUACUCAUGAACAUCGUGGUUGACUCUAGAAUUUACCAAUGCUGGAAGUGGGGUGAAGGCAAUGAAAACGAAUUCAUCAAUGAAUAUGCAGAACAAAACACGAGUAUUAACUGUAGUUUCGAUUUUAUUAAUAAGCCUGUACGUGGGAGUUUACAAUACAUUCAGUACAAAGCUCGUCGUAACUUAUCCAAAAAUGAAUGCAGUAUUACAGUCUAUAGUUGCUCUAAGAAACGAAGGAAACAAUGAAGGCAACCAUACAUUUUUAAACCAAAUGCUGUUAGAUGAAUUAACCAAAGGCUAUUGGAAGCCCAAAUACGUCACUGAUGAAUAUAAGAAAUAUGUAAUUGACAGAGUAAAACGCGCAAGAGACUUUAAUAACAUGGAAUAUAGUAAUGAUACCAAAUGUAGUCAUGAAACUGGCAGUUACAGAACACUGUGUAAUUCGGUAGACAAAAAGGCGUGUUGCAAGGAAAACACAUGUCAGGAUAUCCCAGUCGCAAACUGCACGUGUCCAACUUGUUUUGACGAGAGACCACGGAUACAUCCGGAAUUCUACGAUUGGACACCAUAUCGUGCUCAUAUGCGCAAGAAUAUAUCUGGUAAAGAUAUAUGCACUGGUCUCCGAUAUUUGAAUGUGUCGUCAAUGAUUAUAUUAGGAGAUUCGUUGAUCAGAAAUUUUUAUCACAAUUUCCGGAGACGAGUGGCUAACGAAACUAAAGCAGAAGACACGCAGGGUUGUCGCUCAGAUGAUCAUGUUAAAGAUUGGAGAGACGACGCCUGUAAGAAUAGGACCAAUGUAGGGAGCUCUGUACAAAUUUGCAAUCAAAUCAAGUUCUUGUUCAAGAGUCAAAUUCAUGUAGAACUAGGUUCUACAAAAGAUGCAAUGCAAACUGCUUUGAAAGAAAUGAAGAAGGACACUCUAGGUCAAAUGCUGGUGCUAACAGACAUUGGUCUGUGGACUGAUCUGAACACACAAAUAGUAUCAGUCUACCUUGACCAACUGCUACAAGAGACCAACGCUUUGGGUGAAACACACAUAAUCUAUAUGACUCCUUAUAUCCCUGGAAUACGGAAAUCACCGAGGUGGACGGGGCAAACCAAAGAGAAAUCAAUAGAAUUUGCUAAAUACUUUCGUACAUUUACUAAAGAAAGGAAAAUAUCAUUUCUUGAUCCAACUGAAUUGGUGAAGAAUCUUGUAUCUUGGGAUGGCACACAUUAUACGUUUGGAUUGGAUGAUGCAUUGAUUGAUAUUAUAGCAGCCUACAUCAUAAGAGACCUGUGAUCACUGAAAAAAUCAUAUUUAAUGAAAUACAUGUAUGUAACCCAUGUAAUGAUGGCAAUAUUUCUAGCAAUCAUGGACUUUGAAGAGUCUCUUGAACAUGUAGAAGGCCCAUGCAGCAAUCUUAUGGGCUGUGACUGUAUUUCCAGUUAGGCGUUGAAAGAACUUUGAAAUUCUAGGUUUUGAAAAAAGUGACAUGUACAAUUGUAAUUUAGCAUAAAUACACUAAUAAGUUGGUUUGAGUUUUGAAAAAUUUAAAAUUUAAAAUGGAUGUCAUAUGCCUAAAAACUUGAUGAGCAUCUCUUAAAAUGGGCAUAACCUGCAGGUAAGAAUUUCAUACAAGACUUCUGAACAAAACAAAACUCAAAAUGGCCACUUUUUACCCAGCAUUCUGAAACACAAUUGAUCAAAUACAUGACUUUAAUAUUCUCCAUUCAUUAAAACCACUUAAUUUAUUUGAAAAAGAUCAACAAAAUACAAAUAAUAUAUAA